AUGCGCCAUGUGCUCACGGACAAGCUCUUCACUGACAUCGAGGAAGCUUCCGCCCGCCAGGUCACCUUGUUUAUCCCCGCUCCGCGUAUUGCCGGCGCGUUUGGCAUUCAGGAUAUCCUGCACGUCAUUAACCGUGAGCCGCAGUCAGCUACCUGGAACCAGGAACUCAAUUUGCUCUGUGACUUGUCUGCGUUCGCGGUCACGGCAUUUGCUUCACGUGCACCACCGGGGUCAAGAUGGGCGGCACGACUGUGUCCUGAAUGGGGCAGAAGCUCGAUGUUAAGCCCUACAGCGCCAACGAGCGCUGCUACUCUGUCGACCUUACUCAAAUUCCUUCGCGAUUUGAAAGAUGACGUCAUCUAUGACUAA